AUGAUGAGAACUUGGACAGCAAAUCCAAGGCAUGAAUAUGCAGCCAUCAUCGUACUAAACAACAAUGAUAAUGAUGGCCAUGAAAGCGAGUUUUCACUUGACUUUACAACGGAUUUUGUGUUAUACGCAAUAAUAGCUGUACUCGUCAUGGUAAUCGCGCUUAUCAUGAAACUAAUGAGGAAUAUCAAUCGAGACAAUAUUAGGGCUACCGAUGGACAGAAUGUGCCGCUAUCAACUGAGAGCAGCAGAUUAUUAUUAUCGUCAUCAUCAGAGGAGAGGACUUUCUCCAGUUGCUCAUCUUAUGGAACCAUCAAUAACAGUGACGAAGAGGAUUUAUUAGAAUCCGGAAAAUUAAGGAAUUGCAGUUCAUCGUCCGAGGAUUUGUACGAUGUAAAGAUAUGUGUGAUAUGCUACGACCAUCGAAGGAAUUGCUUCUUUGUUCCAUGUGGACACUGUAUUUCCUGCAUCCCUUGUGCCAAGAGGAUUAUAAGGGGAGAAAUCAAGAGCUGUCCAAUAUGCCGGACAUUUAUCAACAAAGUUGCCAAUUCACCUCUCACGCCCGUUCUCCUUCAUACAUCUCACGCCGCCCAGCCUCCCCUCAGCACCUCCACCUCAGCCUCCUUAAGUUGCCGCUUUACAACCCCACAACCUCGCCUCCGUCGCAAGUCUCAAACCCCAGAGCCUCGCCUCUGUCGCAAGUUGCAACCCCACAGUUCGGCUCAGUCGCCGCCUCCCCACAGCCCAGCCUCCAAAAUCGCUCGUCGACUCCAUAGGGUUAUGAAGUCAAAGGAGGUUUUAUUGCAUAAAUGGGCAUUCAAAGCAAGCUACACUAGCAAGUUGAAGAUCCCAGCAGCUCCAAUCGCAACCCAACAUAGCCAAGAGACGGAAACUUACCUCCAAGGCGGUCCCAGAAGCCAGAGGCGGUCGCAUUCGAAGAUUCCGAUAUGGAGGUGCAAAGUCCCAAUCUCUGGCCAACCCGACAAAUUCGUCGCAACCGCCAGAGCGCUGACCCAUCCACUGGCCCUCGUCCCUCCCUACGCCACCGCUAAUACAGAAUCCGGCGACCUGACCACCAGAUUUCACUUGAAAAAGCAAAAGCGGCAGUAG